ACCGAGAAGAGAAUCAGGUUCACGAUGCUCAGAGCUCUGCUACUGCUGGCUGCGAUGCCUGCGAUCACGAUGUCAGCUCACGAAGUUAGAGAAUAUGUACGGAAGUACUGGGAUGUUUCCACAGAAUCAUCAUUUACUCACGAUGACUAUGAUGGAUUUCAAAUUCCCGCUGAUGAUGACGUAAAAAGAGAUACUACCAAAGAGUAUUCCUUCUUGAAGCGGCGAGCCUUAUCCAUUGAAAAGGCGGAAAAGGGUGUUUCACCUAUGCCUCCUUUCACUGUAGAAUUAUUAGACACUGUUCCGGCUUCUUGGAAUAAUGCCCACCACAAGAAUGGUGCAGAUUUGCCUGCCGUAAGCAAAAGAAAAAACGACAAAAAGCAGUACAGUCGGAAAUUCAAAUAUGAUCCAGCUCUCAUGCUCAUGGGACUUGGCAAAAGAAAACAGGACUCUCAUCAUGAACAUAAUAAAACUUUGACUCAAAAACGUUCUGUACAUGAAUCAGAAAUUACAUAUGUAAUUUCGGAUAAGGAACAAGGAUGGAACCCGGCAACGAAGGACACAACAAAAAAUAAUUAUUACAGCAUUGAAUGGAAACCUAUCACCAAACGUAGUACCUCUGAUCAGCCGUUAAUGAUGAUGAUGGAUGAUCGAAAAUCUGUUGUUACAUUCAAAAAGCCAAAUUUAACAGAUAAUGGAAUGCAAUCAAUAUUAGAUAGGGGUUCAACGCAAAUAAAGGAUUAUUUAAACUCUGAUAUAACCCUCGCUGAAGAAGAUAUGUCCAAAAAUGAAGAAAAAUCGAAAAGAUUCUUAAAUAAUAAACCAGAAAUUUUAGAUUUGGAGGAUGAACCACUAGAUAAUCCACACAAUGCAGAUUCCGAUUUCGAUCCAGGAAAAAGUUCUGAUGAAAACUCAAAACGCUCUCCCACUUAUGAUCCAGCUUUAAAAUAUAUGGGCUUAGGUAAAAAAGAUUCCUUUUACGAUCCAGCUCUAAAAUAUAUGGGGUUGGGAAAGAAAAGUUCCAGUUAUGAUCCUGCGCUAAGAUACAUGGGACUAGGAAAGAAGAGUUCCAGCUAUGAUCCAGCGCUAAGAUAUAUGGGACUAGGAAAGAAGAGUUCCAGUUAUGAUCCUGCCCUUAGAUACAUGGGUUUAGGUAAAAGAAAUUCCUAUUACGAUCCAGCCUUAAAAUAUAUGGGACUGGGAAAGAAAAGUCCCAGUUAUGAUCCAGCACUAAGAUACAUGGGCUUGGGUAAAAAAGAUUCUUAUUACGAUCCAGCCCUAAAAUAUAUGGGACUGGGAAAAAGGAGUUCCCUUUAUGAUCCUGCCUUAAGAUAUAUGGGUCUGGGUAAAAAAGAUUCGUAUUACGAUCCAGCCCUAAAAUAUAUGGGACUGGGAAAAAGGAGUUCCACUUAUGACCCAGCCUUAAGAUAUAUGGGUCUGGGUAAAAGAAAUUCCUAUUACGAUCCAGCUUUAAAAUAUAUGGGAUUAGGAAAGAAGAGUUCUAGUUAUGAUCCAGCACUAAGAUAUAUGGGACUAGGAAAGAAGAGUUCCAGUUAUGAUCCAGCGCUAAGAUAUAUGGGACUUGGCAAAAAGAGUUCUGGCUAUGAUCCUGCUUUAAAAUAUAUGGGUUUAGGCAAAAAGAAUUCCUACUACGAUCCCGCUUUAAAAUAUAUGGGCUUAGGAAAGAAGAGUUUCAAUUACGAUCCUGCUAUAAAAUACAUGGGUUUAGGUAAAAGAAAUUACGAUCCUGCUCUAAAAUAUAUGGGCUUAGGUAAAAAGAGCCCCAACUAUGAUCCAGCACUUAAGUAUAUGGGCUUAGGGAAAAAGAGUUUCAGCUAUGAUCCUGCUUUAAAAUAUAUGGGAUUGGGAAAAAAAAGUAAAAGUUAUGAUCCUGCUCUUAAAUAUAUGGGACUAGGCAAAAAGAGAUUCAACGAUGAUCAUAAUAAGCGAGGAGACAAUAACCAAGAUUCCAGAAAGGUUUCUUAUGACCCAGCUUUGAUUUAUAUGGGUUUGGGUAAAAGACAGCUCUGGAGCGAAAGUUCUGAUAAUUUUUCGUUUCAGUCGCCUUUGAAUUACAAAGAUACAGAGAAGCAGGUAUAUGACACCAAUACCCAAAAAAGGAACUCCCUAUCACCUACUUUAAUGACUUCUGAAACUACCGAUUAUAUUUUCAACGCAAUGGAAAAUGCCACAAAUUCCAAUCAAUUUGAUAUUCCCCCGAAAUCUGCGGAUGCAAAUAAUUGGAAUAUUGAUUACAAUAACGAAGCCAUUUCAGAUGAUAAAAGAUCUUAUGGAUACGAUACAGCCUCGAGUUUUAAGAUAGAAAAUAAGGCAAAAGAAUCAGAAUCACCCCCGGUAAGAAAGUCACACUACAAUUACCCAGAUCCCAAAUUCGUUCAAAAACUUGUUAAUUAUUUUGAUUCUUUAAAACCCCAGAACAGCAGAUAUACUCCUAAAAUUAAAGACGAAGAAUCAGAGAGUUUCGAAAAUUCCUAUCACCAGAAUGUAAGACCCAACAAUCAUAACCAGUUUUUGAGGAAUUCUCAGAAAAAGAGUGCGCUGCUUGAUCCUGCUUUAAGGUAUAUGGGUCUCGGUAAAAGAAAUGCAACAGGCAAACCAGAAUUUGAGAUUCCGUUAUCAGAUAAAAUCGAUCCAGAUUGUGAAAACACGUGUAAAUAUUCAAAUCGAAAGAAACGCGAUGUCAAUCAUCAUAAGGGCAGACUGUCACGAAUCAACUCUCCACAUUUUAGAUUGAAAAUUGAACCUCAAGAUCAGCUCACUUCUGCCCCAGGGUUUGACGAUUUGGUCAUUUCUUCUGAUGGAGAUAUUAUGACCCUUCAUGAAAGUAAGCGUAAACGGGAGAGAGAUAAUCGUCCCAAAUAUAAUCCAGGGUGGAUAUUUAUUGGAUUAGGUAAAAGAGCACCAGACGCGAUCCUAGAAAAUCCCAAAACAAUGCAAAUGGAUCAGCCUAACUCUUUGUUGCUGAAGUAUUAUAACUUAAUGGAAAAGAUGAAAGACAAUCUCCAAAAAGUAAAGUAUGACCUUAUCGACAAAGGUUAUCGAAAUAAUGAUAAAUGGAUUGCAUUUCAUAAUGUUUUUACUGGCGAAUCGGGUUUCAAAGGGUAUCCCGAGUUCUAUAACAUUAAUGACCCUCCGAUACAGCAGGAUUUGAAUGAUUCGCCAGAUUCUGAUCUUUACAUCCCACCACUUAAUAGUCAACCUUACUGGAAAGUAAAUAUAGUCUCCGCGUAUGAAAACCCACCCAAUACUGGGAAGUAAAAGAAGUGAAUUGAAACGUGUGUAAUUUAAUGAUACGUAGAAGCUUGUAUGAAGAAAAAGUACUAUUGAAAACUUA